AUGUUAUCUUUUAAAAAGUAUCAAGCUAGCAUUGGAAUCUCAGCUAACAUCUUCCUUCUUCUCUUCCACAUUUUUACAUUCUUUCAGGAUCACAGGCCUAAGACCCAUGCCCUGGUCACCAGUCAUUUGGCCUUUGUCCAGCUAGUAAUGCUCUUCACUGCAAUGGAGAUUUUGUCUCCAGACAUGUUUGAGUUACAAUUUCAGAAUAACUUUAGAUGUAAAGCUUUGUUCUAUGUGCACAAGGUGAUGAGGGUCCUCUCCAUCUGCACCACCUGCCUCCUGAGCAUGCUGCAGGCCAUUACCAUCAGCCCCAGAACGUCCUGGUUGGUGAGAUCUAAACAUAAAUUUACAAAAUACAAUAUCCUGGGCUUAUUCGUUUUUUGGUUUAGCAAUUUGUCUUUCAGUAGUGAUAUGAUAAUCUACACUGUAGGUUAUUCCAAGACUCAGAUAAUUUUGAAUAUCAGCAAAUAUUGCAUACUUUUCCCAAUGAAUGUCAUCAUCAGGGUGCUAUUUCUUAUGCUGUUGUUAUCCAGAGAUGCCUUCUUCAUAGGAAUCAUGCUCCUUUCAAGUGUAUACAUGCUGAUUCUUUUGUCCAGGCAUCAGAGGCACUCCCAGCGCUUUCACAGCAGCAGCCUUAUAUUAAGGACCUCCCUAGUGAAAAUGGCCACCAAGACUUUCCUCAUGCUGGUGAAUUUCUUUGUGCUCAUGUACUCAGUGGACUUCACUCUCUCAUCCACAAUGCCGUUAUGCGUAUUUGGCCCUGUCAUCUAUGGUGUCCACAAGUUUGUGGUCAAUGCCUAUGCCACUGUCAGUCCUCUGGUGCUAAUCAGAUCUGAUAAAAGAGCCAUCAAUAUUCUGCAAAAGUUUCAAUGGAAGUUCUUGCCCACUCAGACCUGCUCCAUGCUCUCCAUCAGACAGCUGGUGGUCCUUCUUGAAGGGUUCUUGAAGAGAACUAGCAGUUGGCCUGAAGCCCCUUGGCCUCAUGCGGACUCUCCAAUACUCAUUGAACUUCAUGACAGACAUGAUGCAGGUGGCUGUAUCUGGGCCCCAGAACUUUCAGGACUGAGCCCUGGUGAAGACAGGAGGGCCCUGGAUGUCCCUGUGCAGUCGAUGCCUCUGGCUGGGACCAUUCACCACCCAGAUGCCUCCUCACUAGGUCUCUAA